CAAAUUCAAUUUCAAUUCUCAAAGUUUUCUCUUUUUUUAGUCUCAUCUUCUCUCUUCCACUUACUCUCUCUCCCUGUCCUUUCUCCUUUUUUUUGGGUCGCUAAAAGAGAACUCUUUGCUCUCUAAAUCUUGAAAAUGGAUUCUGUGUUCAAACUCUUCUUCCUCUUUCUAUUCAGUUUGUUCAUAUUUGGAGAAAUCAAUGGAGUGGUGGAGGCAUCGAAUCAAAAUCAUCACUUGUAUGCAUUCAGACCAACAAAGCUGUUUGUGUUCGGAGAUUCUUAUGCCGAUACCGGAAACAUCAAGAAGUCUUUCUCUAGUUCUUGGAAAUUCCCUUACGGUAUCACUUUCCCCGGAAAACCCGCCGGUCGUUUCUCCGACGGCCGCGUCGCCACCGAUUUUCUAGCAAAAUUUGUGGGGAUAAAGUCACCAAUCCCAUACUUCUGGAAAGACUACGCGGGAAAGAAACGUUUACAGUACGGUAUGAACUUCGCGUACGGAGGAACCGGAGUGUUCAACACUCAGAAUCCAUUGCCAAACAUGACCACUCAGAUCGAUAUCUUCCAGAACAUCCUCACCGCCGGCGAUGUCUACUAUCCUUUCGAGCUUACUUCCUCCGUUGCUCUCGUCAGUGUCGCCGGCAACGACUACUCCAAUUUCAUCGCCCUAAACCGCCCUGCCUCUGAGUUCCCAGGAUUCAUAAAGAAAGUUGUGGAUCAAACAGAGGUGAAUUUGAGGCGAAUCCACGCUUUGGGAGUGAAAAAGAUAGCAGUACCAUCGCUUCAACCGCUUGGCUGUCUCCCUCCCUCCACCGUCGCAUCCUCGUUCCAGCGUUGUAACGAGACACAAAACGCUUUGGUCAACCUCCACAACAACUUGUUACAACAAGCUGUGGCAAAGCUUAAUAACGAGACCAAGCAGUCGACUUUUAUUAUUCUUGAUCUCUACAAUGCUUUCUUGACUGUGUUCAAGAACAAAGGAGCUAAUCCAGGGAGUACGAAGUUUCAGAGUCCGUUGAAGCCGUGUUGCGUAGGUGUGAGCCGGGAGUAUAACUGUGGAAGUGUAGAUGAGAAGGGAGUGAAGAAGUACAUGGUAUGUGAUGAUCCUAAAUCUGCUUUCUUUUGGGAUGGACUUCACCCUACUGAAGAAGGAUGGAGAUCGGUUUACUCGGUUUUACGCGAAAGUCUUACUGCGUCUUUGAUUAAAGCGUGAUAAACAAACCAAACAUACUCACUUUUUUUCUCAGGUUUCUUCUUAUGGAGCUCUGUUUCUGUUUCUCAGUAUCUCUUCAUUCAUUUUGUGUGUUGUGUGUGUUAAAAGAUUGUGUGACUAAUAAAAUCUCUAAACUUGUUCAAUUCUACUA